AUGAUAUGGGCAAUGACUGAGCUCGCAAGAAACCCUAAACUGAUGAAAAAAGUUCAAGAUGAGAUCAGAGAACGUCUUGGCAACAACAAGGAGAGAAUCACCGAAGAAGAUAUCGGAAAAGUUCCAUACUUGGACCUUGUGAUCAAGGAAACAUUCAGAUUACACCCUCCGGUUCCUCUUCUGCUCCCAAGAGAGACAAUGGCUCACAUCAAGGUUCAAGGCUAUGAUAUUCCUCCAAAGAGACGGAUCUUGGUCAACGCUUGGGCGAUAGGAAGAGAUCCUAAACUCUGGACAAACCCGGAAGACUUUAACCCCGAGAGGUUUAUCGAUAGCCCUGUUGAUUAUAAAGGACAACAUUUCGAGCUCUUACCGUUUGGCUCUGGUCGAAGGAUAUGUCCCGGGAUGGCGAUCGGGUUGGUUACUUUUGAACUGGGACUCUUGAACUUGCUUUACUUCUUCGACUGGAAAUUGCCUGAUGGGAUGACACAUAGAGACAUCGAUGUAGAAGAAGCUGGCACUCUUACAAUCGUCAAGAAAGUACCUCUGAAGUUGGUCCCAGUUCGAGUGUACUGA